AUGAGCGGUCUUUACCACACGUGUUCGCUGGGUGCGGUCCUGAGGGGCAGUCGGGGCCCGGCCUGGCUGCCUCACCAACGCGCACGGCCGCAGCGGCCUGCACGCCGCCACAUCACCGUUGCGCCCGUCGUCGCGGGCGCAAAUCCGCGAGGGCGAGCUCCAGUCAUCAAUGACAAGUACGUUCGGGACGCGAAGAAGGCUGGAUAUGUUUCGAGGGCCGCGUACAAGCUACAGGAAAUACAGCAGCGCUUCCGUGUGGUGCGGCCCGGCGGCAGGGUCCUGGACCUCGGGUGCUUCCCAGGCUCGUGGAUGCAAGUGGCGUGCGAGGCGCUGGGCCCUCCGAAGCGCAAGGGCCUCCUCGUCGGCAUCGACCUGAAGGCCACGCCCAAGCCACCGCGCGUCGACUCGCGCGCGCGCAUCCUUCAGGGCGACGCGUUCGAGUACGGCGCCGUGCAGCUCCUCGCGAUGAGCCCGUCGGGCUUCACGACCGUCCUGUCUGACAUGUGCCCUGACACCAGCGGCAACGUGGCGCUCGAUGUGGGGGGGUCCCUCUCCGUCGCGUCGCGGGCGCUCGCCCUCGCGACGGGCCCGCUGCCGGAGGAGUGGGCGCACAACUACGGCGGCCUGGACCCCGUCUCGGCCGGCGACGGUGACAUGGGCGACAUGUUUUCGGAGGGGGUGUCUUUCCACCCGGACGACCUGGCGCUGUUGACGGGGUCGCACAUCCGGCCGGAGGACGGCGUGCUGGUGUCGGGGGGCAACUUCGUGGCUAAGAUCCUCGAGGGGGAGGGGUUUCCGGAGUUCCUCGGCAUCGUGAAGCAGCGGUUUAAGAAGGUCAAGGCCAUUCGACCAAAGGCGACGCGGAGCAUGUCGAGGGAGGUGUUCGUGGUGGCCAUGGAGCGCAAGGGCGGGGCGCCGGCGCGGCCGCCGAAGAAGGGCGGUGGCGACGGAGGCAGCGAGGCUCCGCAGAGCGCGUAG